AUGUUAAUAAAAUUCUGGCUUUUAGUUUUUUUAUUUGCUGCAACAACGAAUGCUGGGUCCUUAUCUAGCACAAAGCUUUUAAAUACCUUAGAUUGUGGCCAGACUUCACCAUGUCAAGGACCUCCGCUUUGUCCAGGACAGUCACCCUGUACAGGACCUUCACCAGCACCUACUCCACCACCUGCACCAGUUGCACCACCACCUUGUACAUCUUGUACUCCACCACCGUCUUGUAAUAACUGCCCUAAACCAGACUGUUCAAUGGUUCCAGAUGGCACAACAUUUCCAUAUGCCAAUCACUGCAAACUCUUUUAUCGGUGCAUUGGCGGUAGUGCAGUGGUUUCUGUCUGUUCGAAUGGCUUUUGGUAUGAUCGUGCUAUUUCAAAAUGCAUGUUGUGCGAUUUGGUCUUAAAUUGUGAAGCUAAAAAGGAUUAA